AACUUAUUAAAUUGUUAAAUGAUAUUCAAAUAAAAUGGGAAUAUUUGGUACUAAUCCUUUUCAACCGAAGCGAGUGCCUGAGCGCAGGAAAAAAGCAGAAUCUCUCAAUGAGCUAUCAGUCAACGAGCCAGAUACAAGAGCGGAAUUUGAACGAGACAAGCACGAAGCAUCGCAGUUAAAAGGAGCAAAAUUGAGAACUAACAGUGGGGAACUUGUGUUUCUCAAUGGAGCCUGGAAAAAAGUGUCACAUGGCGAAGAUGAAAAGGAAUGUGCCAAAAUAGAAGAGGAAAAUGCAGAAUUGGAGGAAAAGAACAAUUUGCUGAAACUGCAGAUAGAAACGCUUCUCGAUCUUGUCACAGAACACUCGGCCAGUGUACAGACCCUGGAGAAAGAACUUGCGAACAUGUGAAAAAAAUGUAAAAUUAUUUGUUGUAUAAAAUUUGCAGUCUGUAUAAAUUCUAAACUUUGUAAUUAAAACAAAUUUGUAAUUAGAUUUUAGUCUCGGUAUACAUCUAUGUUAGUGUAAACCAUAUUUGAAAUACAUCGAUUUGCCCCUAACUUUUU